UGAAAAGAUCCAAAACUAACCCGUCUUUUGUCCCCUUUCCUUCCAUCAAAUUUUCUCGGAAAAGAAAACGCGAGAAAAUUUAAAAGAAAAUUCACAUUAUUUUUGGUUUUCCAGUUAAACCCCUAAGAAAACCGUUUUCAGCUCUCACUCCUCUCUCUCUCGCUCUCUUUUCCUUUUCUCCUCAUUUUCGAAAUAAAUAAAUGACAUCAUUUAUAGGGUGUUCUAUGUCUGUUGAAUCUUAUAAUUACUGAAUUUUUCAAUUCUCAAUCCCUAGAAUUAUUCUUCGACUAUGGAGGAAGGGACUAGCAGCGGCGGACAGUCUUCGUCAGCCAGAGUAAUGCCGUCCUAUGUGAAAUUAGGAGACAGACAAAUAUUUACGGUGGAGCUCCGACCCGGAGAAACAACAUUCGUUUCUUGGAAGAAGCUUAUGAAAGACGCUAAUAAAGUCAAUAACGAACCCGUACCCAGUCCUGACCCGCCACCGGUCACCGCCCACCCUAACCUCGAGUCUCGCCUCGCUGCUGGACAAGCAGAUGCUGAAAAUGAAGCCAAGGAACCGCCCGCUCCCAAUCGUUUCAAUGCUGUAAUUGAGAAAAUUGAACGUCUCUAUAUGGGUAAGGAUAGUAGUGAUGAUGAAGAUGAUCUAAAGGAUGUUCCCGAUGAUGAUCAAUAUGAUACAGAGGAUUCCUUUAUUGACGAUUGUGAUCUGGAUGAAUAUUUUGAAGUGGAUAAUUCAGCAAUAAAACACAGUGGAUUCUUUGUCAACAGGGGAAAGCUGGAACGGAUAAAUGAACAUACUGCUAUACCUAAUCAGCAAGCAAAGAAAAGGCGAAAAAAAGAUUUAAAUAAGGCUCCUGCUGAGAGUGAUGAUGGUCGGAUAUCAAAUAAACAUGUUAAAGUAGGUAAGCUAGGAGCUGGAAAGACAGAGCAACUACCUGGAAAGGAUUCUCUUAGUCCUUUGCAAUUAUUGGCUGUAACAAGCGAACAUUAUGAGGAUGUUAAACCUCAGAAUUUAUCACAUGCAUCUGGAAUAUCUUCCAAGAAGAAAUCUGCUGAAACUAAAAUGAUUUUGGACCCGUCUUCAUCUGUAAAAGUUUCCAAUGGUGAUGCUUCUAUAUCUUUAGCAGACACUACUGAUGUUGAAAAGCCAAAGACUGGAGGGCUCCAAGCAAAGAACCUAACAAACAAAUCAAAAGAUGCCAGUGGAUCCCUAGAUGCUUCACUUCAGAAAUAUCAUGACAAAAGUACGUAUUCCCAGUCCAAGUUGCAGUCUGCAAAAUCAAUAGCAAAUAAUGUUGAACAUGAAUCAUCUCUUCGAUCAAAGGAGAAGAAUGGUGUUCAUGAGCUGCCUGAUCUCAAUAUACCAGAUGGCAAGAUUUCCAUGCAAAUAAUUAAAACCUCACACGUCCACAAAAAGGAUAGUUCUAGUGUUAGGUCCAAAGGUUCAGUGCUAGAAAAUGCAAUCAAGGAACUGGAGAAGAUGGUUGCUGAAUCAAGGCCACCUGCGUUGGACAGUCAAGAUGCUGAUACCUCAUCCCAAGCAAUCAAAAGGAGAUUGCCUAGAGAAGUAAAAUUGAAGCUUGCAAAAGUUGCUAGACUAGCGGCUAGCCAGGGAAAAUUAUCGAAGGAGCUGAUCAAUCGCCUUAUGAGCAUUCUUGGGCACUUAAUGCAACUUAGAACACUGAAGAGAAACUUAAAAGUCAUGAUCAGCAUGAGCUUGUCAGCAAAGCAGGAGAAAGAUGAUAGGUUUCAACAGAUAAAGAGAGAAGUUGCUGAGAUGAUAAAGACACAUGGCCCUUACUUGGAAUCCAAGGCAUUGGAACAAGUUGGAGCAUCUGAUGAUUUUCAAGAAAUUGGUCCUCAGGAAAAAGGAGCCGUGAAAAGGAAAUUUAGCAUGGAUACUUUGUUGGAGGAUAAAGUUUGUGAUCUUUAUGACCUUUUUAUUGAUGGACUGGAUGGUGAUGCUGGCCCAGCAGCCAGAAAAUUAUAUAUAGAGCUUGCAGGAUUGUGGCCUAGUGGUUUCAUGGACAACCAUGGGAUCAAACGUGCAAUUUGUAGGGCAAAAGAGAGAAGAAGAGCCUCGUACAACAAAACCAAGGAGCAGGAGAAAGUGAAGAGAACAAAGAUGUUGGCAUCCAGAUUGGAUGACAGUGCCCGACCAGAAGCUGGCUCUGUUGCUUCCAAACAACCUACGGGAGAUAGGUUGCCUAUUGACACAAGUGGCCCUAUUUUGGGUUUAACAAGCAAACCAGUUACCGACUCAGCAACAGGAGCUGUCCGGGGACCAAGUCCUUCGAGAAAAUCAUCUGAUGCGGAUCCAAUAAAACAAGAAAAGUCAAAAGUUAGUUUAAGCAAUCCUAUGGAAGAGGCGAAGAUGGGAUUAGAAGGUGGAGUAGCAAAGAAGAAGGCUAAAAGGAAGCCAGAAGUAGAGUUGGACGAAACUCACAUCCGUCCUGAGAAGGUGCAAACCCAAUCAAGUGGAGAACGACACGAGGUUCGUAAGCAGAUGCGAGGUCUACCUCAAAAGUUAAACCUUCAGUUGACUAUUCCAAGUUCCGAACAGUCAUAGCUAACAUAGUGUAGAUGAUUUAGGAAAUUUACACCAUAGAAGUGAUUGUAUAACUUUUUUUUUGUUUUUAAUAUCUUGGCAGCAGGCUUCAUUUAAUUCUGAGCAGCUGACUUUUACCAUUUUUGUAAUUAAGUUCUGCAUGUGCAUUGUCAAAGUAGAGUUUCUUUUUUAAAUAGAAGGUGAUACAGACCACUGUAUUUUACUGGUACAAUGAUGUGUUUUUUCUGUAAAUUUAUAGUUUGUGUCGAUUUUGAUGAA